CUGCAGCGUUGAUUGAAUUGGUAUAUUGGAUGACGAUCCGUGGUACUGUCCCAGCAGUGCGGAGCCGUUGAUCUUUUCAACAUCAUCACGACAUCUUACUUACUGCACGCCUCUUGUGGACGACGCAACACUUCCCACAGUUUAAAUAGCUUGCACUUAUCCCUCAUCGAGGGCCGACAUUAUGGCGCGAAAGUAUCUUGGUGGGUCUGGCGAGAGGCUCACAAUAUGGAUCAGUAUCGCGGCGAGUACCGUCCUAAUCUUCUACGGCUACGAUCAGGGCGUCUUCGGCAAUGUUAUCAUUAAUGAGAACUUCCUCGAUACCUUUGGACAUCCGUCAGCCAACAUGCAAGGUGUUAUGACAAGCAUCUAUAACAUCGGAUGCUUUAUAGGCGCUAUGAGCACAAUCUGGACCGGCGAUAUCUUGGGGCGUCCCCGGGUAAUCCUUCUGGGAUCAACCGUUAUCGCCAUUGGAGCCAUCAUUCAGACCGCCAGCUACGGUGUCGCACAGAUGAUGGUGGGAAGGAUAGUCGCAGGCCUAGGAACCGGAAUGAACACCGCUACAGCGGGAGUUUGGCAAGCUGAAACGAGCAAGAUGAGCAGCAGAGGAAAGCUGGUCAUCAUUCAGAUGGCCAACUGCAUCACCGGCUUCUCCAUCUCCAACUGGCUCACCCUCGCCUUCUCUUUCGCUCCACGCGACGUCGCUUGGCGCUUUCCCCUUGCUUUCCAGCUCUUCUUCACCUUUUGCAUCUACGCCUUGUGCCCCUUCCUCCCCGACAGUCCGCGUCUCCUGAUUCGCAAAGGCAAGCACGACGAAGCGCUCGAAGUCCUUGCCGCCCUUGAAGGGCAUGGGGCAACCCCGGAGUCUGCCUCUGUCCGCACCCAGUACAACAUCAUCAAAGAUAUUCUCGACCGCGAGCAUAUGAAUACGUACUCUUGGUGGGAGUUGCUCUCCGGCCGCGGCCCGAGCGGUGUCCUACGCAGGAUGAUUCUGGGCGCUUGGAUGCAGGCGAUGAAUCAAAUCAGUGGCAUCAACGUGACGAGCUACUAUAUGAGCUACAUCUUCAUCAACGCGUUGGGUAUCUCGGAGCUGCUGAGUCGAAUUUUGGCGGCUGCUGGGUCGGUAGACUAUCUGGUAUUUGCGUGUCUGGCGUACUUCGUUAUUGAGAGGUACGGCCGGCGAAAGGUUAUGAUGUGCUCUGCUGCAGCUUGCUCCACCUGCUGGAUCGUGAUUGCCAUCUCGCUCGGUCUUUCGGCUCACGGCGGCAACGAGUACAAGCUCGGUAUCGUCGCCGUGUCUUUCUUCUUCGUCUUCUUCGCCAGCUUCGGCAUGGGUGUUUUGGGCGUACCUUGGCUAUAUCCUACAGAAAUCAACGCGCUCGAAAUGAGAACGAAGGGUGCUUCCCUUGCCAUGAGCACGAACUGGAUAAUGAACUAUGCCGUAGUUCAGGUCACACUUCCCGGCAUUCAGAACAUCGGAUGGAAGUUCUGGAUCAUCUGGGCAGUCAUUUGCUUUUCUUUUAUUCCGAUCACGUAUUUCUUCUACCCCGAGACUGCAAACAGGACCCUGGAAGACAUCGAUCGCUUUUUCGAGACGGGGCCCGGUUUGUUCAUUCAUCGCAACAAGGUUGCUGUGCAGCUACAUCGCCCCACGGAGUAUAUCGAAGCUGAUGAGCGGAUUGCGAAGGCAGAGGCUGAAGGCAAGUUUGACGAGAAGGCUGGAAGUGUGAAGAGCGAGCUCAUUGAGACGAAGGAGACGGUUUAGGGAAGCUCAGGAAUGCGUCUUGGAAAAGGAGCAAUGCAAAGCAAGACGU